CACAGAGACAUACUCAAGAAGAACAGAGGAACGCCACAGAGAAGAAUCAUUCAGCCAUUUUCAGACAUUUUCGGCCAUGGAUUGGUUCUCAUGGCUUUCAAAAACGACCUUAGAUCCUUCUCUCGUCUACGAAUACGGCCUCGCCUUAUCCCACAACGAGCUUGAACAGGAAGACAUCGUUUAUUUCAACCACGAAUUUCUACAGAGCAUUGGAAUCUCCAUUGCCAAGCACCGUCUCGAGAUCCUCAAGCUAGCUCGCAAGGACGGCGCUCUCCAUCCUCGCCCGAUCACUCGUCUCCUUCUCGCAAUCAAGAGAACCAAGCGCUGUUUCGCCAAGUUGAUUCGCAAUUUCUCUGUCCAUGAUGGAGACGACAGCAAAGCCCUAGUCGUCGUCCCUAAAUCGACCUAUUCUGGGAAAUUGCUGAAGAGGAAUAAGAAAUUGAUGGUCGCGAAACAGCAAGGGAGGUUUCUACUCACUAAUGGAAGUCCGGCGCCAGGUGUGUGGCCGCGAAUCGAGAGCUUCUCCGGUCCGCUUGUGUACGAUCUUCGCCGGGAUGAGAAAAAGGAGGAGGAGGAGGAUGGUUACUGGAGCAAUGGCGUUGAGGAGAUCAGGUGGGAUACGAUGUUUCAGAAUUUGAAACCUACCUAAGUCUUGAAAAUUGUGUUGACAUUAGAAUUUCGAAUUCUUAGCCAGAUUUUAAGAUCAACAUUUCUAGUAUGAUUUUAGAAACAUUUGUAGAUUUCAGUUGUUUCUGUUUUGGAUUUCCCCAAUUCUUUUGUUUGGGUUAAUUUGAUGGUGAGAGAUAGGUUUUUGUGUUCUACCACCAACACUAGGAUUAGAAUUUAGUAUACUACCAAGGCUUGGGAAUGCUUCAUUUUGUUUGUUUCUUUUUUAGUGGUGGGUCUAGCAGAAUGCAAGCUUUAGGAACAAGGCUCUGAUUCAAAAUCAUGUUGUCUUCUCUUUUAUUCUUCACUUUUCCUUGAACAAUCAUUCAUGCCCUUUAGGUCUCUUUUUCUAACAGGCAUGAAUUAGAUCUUGAUUUUGUUUAGGAGAUCAUAAUCUCUGCCAAACCCAGCUUUUGUUCUUGUGGCUUGAGGUUUGUAAUGUUAUGUUGUAAUAUUGAUAUGUCAUUAUUCUCAGUUAAUACCAUUUUCUUAGCUCUUUGCAGU